CUUUGUUAUUGUUUCAGGAAAGUAAACUGCUGAAAAAUUGUUGGUGCUAAACUUCAGAAAACCCUGUUUAAAGUCUUAGAAAAUGUUAAUUUCCAGAUAAAAACGCAAGACAGCUCUCUUGUCAAAAAAUCAUAUAAGACGACUGAAAUUCUGUAAUGUUGCAAGAUAGUUACACCAAGUUUUUUAUUUCCGUAACCUAACUCGAGCUUUAGGAAGCUUAAGGAUGUUUUAAAGUGACAUCCCCUUGCGCCUUUGCUCUUACAUACGUGAUAAUGCUAGAUGGACUGUGCAUAAUAAUCGGAUAAGACAGAUCCUAGUCUAUUUGCAAACAAAGUCAUGGUUCCCACACCUUAGGGCAUAUUUUGCCCUGCUGCAUGCGUUAUAUGAAUGUUUUUAUAGAUAUACACUGUAGUUGUAGGUUUAUUCAUGCCGAUUAACAUAAAAGCACUGAUGGAAUUAUCUCUCAUAACCAGGAACUAAACAUGGGACCACCCGACAGUCAUAAGGGGUUUGGCACUGUGUUAUACCUCCUUGUCACUUCCUCACUGUCGAAACUGGGCGUCAAUUCGGCGAAUACUACCAGAUGAGCGGGGUAAAGUAUGAUCAAACAUGAAUGGCGUAGAGAGAAAUUUAGACAGUUAGAAUGUUGUUAUUAUUGAAAUUCCUGGCGGAGAUGUUUCCGCGACGUAUGUUAUCUGGAUACUUGGAAUUUAUCAAGCGCUUCUGACCACGCGCGGGGAAAGGGAAAAUCUGAUUUAAAGCAAGUGGAACUGGCGAUACUCACACAAAUCAAGUUCGGCGUGACGACACAGAGCACCCAACGAAAUACGCAAAUUUAAUAAGCGUUGCGAAGUGGAAAUUUCACCGUUGCUAUCGCCACACUCUCCUGGGACAUUAAGCGAGCACUAUCGUCUUACUCCUGCUAUGCUUCAGUUGGCCGACAUUUUGAAACAAGGAAAGCAAUGUCGAAAAAUGCUGGUGGAGGAAUGCCGAAACAAUGAAAAAGAAUUGAAUUUUCAAAUCAAGGAUUCCCUAAUCAUUCAGAGUUGGAAUGCCCUUCCACGACAUCCGAGCGAUGUGCGUCCAGCAUCCAAUGAGCCUCCGCCACGUCAUCGAGUCGAUGGCCAUCGUUGGAAACGCAGAUACCCUGGGCUGGCCACCGUGGUCGGGGUCGGACUCGCCCUGUGCCUGUGGCCCUCCGUCCUGGCGUCCUACCUGGGAGACUCCUCCAAGUAUCGACCGACCAUCCAUUAUUCCCCAUCCUCCGGGUUCAUGAACGACCCCAACGGCCUCGUCAUCAAGGACCACGAAUUUCACCUGUUCUAUCAGUACGAUCCCUACGCCCCGAUCAUCGGCAACGUCCACUGGGGCCACGCGGUGAGCGGCGACCUCGUCCGUUGGGUCACCCUCCCCAUGGCGAUCAAUGAGACCUCCGCCGGCCAGGCCUUCAGUGGCAGCGCCGUCAUCUUCAACAACUCCCUCAUUGCAGCCAUCUACACUCGCGCAUCCGAAACGAAGCAGGCGCAGGAGUUGGCCUUCAGUUCAGAUAAUGGUCGCACUUUUCAGGAGUACAAGGGUAACCCUGUGCUCGACCGCAAUUCCGACUCCUUUCGGGACCCACAGGUUUUCUGGGACGAAAGGACUCAUGAGUAUAAAAUGACGGUCGUGAAGGCGCGGAAGCAUCAAGUCCUCAUAUACGGUUCGCGCGACCUGGUCAACUGGAGGGAGCUGAGCAGCUUCGGCCCGGCCGGGAUCCUCGGGAUCGACUACGAGUGCCCGAACUUGAUGCGGGUCCCCACCGAAGACGGUCACUACAAAUGGGUCCUCGCCAUCUCCAUCAACCCCGGCUCCCCGCUCGGCGGAAGCGGCACCCAGUAUUUCGUCGGCGACUUCGACGGGACAACCUUCACCCCCGACUACUACGAGACCAAGUUCGUCGACUUCGGCAAGGACUUCUACGCCCUGCAGACUUACUCGAACGCGUGGGCCCCGCUGGGCAUCGCGUGGCUCAGCAACUGGCAGUACGCCAACUUCACGCCGACCGGCGAUUGGCGCGGGGUCAUGACGCUUGCCCGUGGUUUCGGCCUCCGAUAUACGGAGGACUUCAAGUACUUCCUAACGCAGAAACCUGUCGGACUGGAGAACCUCUAUCGGCGGGAGGUCCCCGUGGGUGCCGAGUCGUGCUCCGUCCCUGGCGACAAAGCCUUGGAGAUCCACGCGAUCGUGGAUCUGGGGCCUCGGAGUCGGAUUAGUUUCUCCCUCCUCAGCGAAAACCACGAGCAGCUGGUCUGGGGCUACGACGCCAACGCCGGCCAGGCAUGGAUCGAUCGCGGUAGAACUUUCGGGUUUUCACAGCGCUUCUUCACCGACAAGAUGUCGGUUGCCGUUAUACCCGGCACCACUAACAUCGACCUCCAUGCAAUCUUCGAUAAAUCCACGUUUGAGCUCUUCCUUGCUGAUGGCACCUUCGUUGGCACGUGUCUUGUCUUCUUCGAGAAGCUCCCCAACUGCCUUCGUUACUCUCUCGUCGGAGAUGGCAGAGUCAACAACUUCACAGUCAACGUCCUCACCCCAUGACUUUCAUUCAUAUGACUCUACCUACUCUAAUACGGAGAUGGAGUAACGGAAGUAAGGGAGGCGCCAUCCUUCCUCUACAGCUAACUUAAAACACUCAUUAAAUUACGAGAACCGAGGUGAGUUGUGUAGUGCUGCGCGGAAACAGCUCUCCGAAAGAUGCGAUGGAUAGGCAUUGCGAUGGAUAGGUAUUUCAAUUCAAAGGUGUCAAAAGUAGUGGCCUAUCUCUUUGAAUGAAUAGUAUGAAAACCAUGGAGAGAUCGAUUGCCUGCCUGCGGAGCCACGCACCUCCGAUUGCGACGUUGCAGAUUUCCCGUCAUAUUUUAUUUUUUCUUUGCUAAACUAGUCUCACCAUAAACUCUUGAAAACUUCCUUGAUUUCUAUUUUCUUUUUCGGAAUAUUCUGUAUAAAUUUCAAGAUAUAAAUCUUGUUUGGCUUAUUGUUUUUCUUCGGAAAAAUAAAAUAGUAGCGGAGAUUUUGAAACAUCACAACGGAGGUAGGUACAUGGUUUCGCACUUCGGCGAUCGAUGUAGAGAACUAAGCAACUGCCCAGUAUAAUCAUCAUUUAUAUAAACUUCGAAGGAUUCAGCCUUUUGUCGAUUAUUCCAAUUUUUUCUAUUCCACUCGAAGGGUUGGCAGAUUUUGCGAUAAAUGUGAACAUUUUACAUGGGUUUGAACGGGGAAGAGUGCCAAAAAAGCAACUUUUCUGGCGGAGAGUCUGGGAGGGACGAGAGGCUGCCUUCCUGGGAAAACCCAUGAUUUAGCCGGAAAUGUCAUUAAAACAAAUUGGUUCCGUAUGAAGCAUCAAAUAUAUACACGGGAAAGCUAUUUUAAAAUAAUAAUUGUAAAUGGACACAGAUGCUACAAAAAA